CUGUUUUUGUUUCUUUUUACAAGAGGCUGCCUUGAAAAUCCCUACCCUGCUUGUGUUUUUGUGAGAUUAUGUGUCCUGUUCUGGCCUUGAACUUUUGACCCUCCUGUUUCCACCUCCCAGAGUUGGGAUCACAAGUGAAUGUCAUCACACCUGGUUUCUUGAGCAUUUUGUUACUGUUCAUUGGAAAGCCUUAGGAGCAACACCUUAUAGGGCCUUUGCCCAGACUUGUAUUUAUCCACUAAUGCCUAUCAGCCUCCUUGGGAGGAGCCUUAGGGUUAGGUGCUCCUUACCAGUUCUUGUUCCACAAGUGGGCAAAGGCUGUGAUAAGCACCAGCUGUAAUAGGAUGAAUGUGAAGCCUCCACAGAUGCCAAUAUAAUGCCAGGCUGCAAGAUAGACACCAUUGGGAACUUUUAGCUCUAGCUGAUCAUGUGUCACUGUAUACCUCCACCCCCUUUUUGAUUAGGAGUCUGUGUAGCAUAGGCAGGCCCCUGAGUUCUGGGAUUACAGAUGUGUGGCAUUAGGUGCAGCUUCCUGUCAUUAAGUAGGAAGUCUAGCCUACUCUCCUUGAUCAGGGUGUAAGGUGAAGAUUACCUGGGAAGAGAUGCUCAUCAGGGAUGCAGAGGGCAACAGUACAGAGACCUAACAGGAGCAGCAGCUUGAAGCUCCAGAAGCUAAUAGGGGUAGAGAGAAAACCAGAUUGAGGAAAAAAGGCAAAGGGAGAGGGGGCCGGGUAUGGCAGGUAGACAGAGGAAAUGAGGAGAGGAGAGGUGGAACCAGCAAGUUCCAUUGUAGUCCAAGUUUGAACUCAGAUGCCAAAAGUCACGCGAGCAACACUACACAUUCCAGAAGGUUUGCAUAUAGCCAUUGCUGCUUUCAGUUUAGAGCCCAGGGGUUUAUGAACUUGUUUUCUGUCUUUUUACAGUGCUCUUUCUUCAUCCCGGAGUUUCCUUUAGCUAGCUAGUGUCUACUUCCCUCUGUCCCAUCCCCAUCCAGAAAUGACACACAGACCUGUUGUGCAGCUGUGCACGAGGGCUGGUGGGGGAGUGGAGGCGGAGGAGCAGCACAGCCUGCACCAGGUGGAAAGUGGCCGUUCCUGCACAUACUCGAUACACAGCCCCAGAGCCACUGAGCACUGGACAGUCCAAGUUGCCAAAUAGGUGGGCACACAGCACUGAGGGCAUCUGGAUCUGCAGGGAAUUUGGUUGUGAGAAAAGGUAGGAUAAACCACAAUGCAUGGACAGGUCCCAACUUCUCACUGAUAGGUUGACACUCGCUCCCUGUUCCCGAUCCAAAUGUUACAGGUUUCUUUCCCUCACUUUGCAACCCCUGCCAACUUACCCCAUGUGCUUUGCCCCAGAGCCUUUCUACCACUGUCCUAGACAGCAGGAGGCAGCAAAUUGCUGAGGCCCCCAAAUGGAGAAGGACGUAGAGCAGGCGGCUACAAGAAGACCCGGUGAGGGAGGGCCACCUAGAGUGGCAGCAUCUGGUCCAAAAAACAGGCCCACAGCGGGACACCUGGGGGAGAACAGAUGUAGGAAGCAAAGGUGGAGCUUUGGCAGGGGGUGGGGUAAAACUGUGGGGCUAAUCAAAGAUCAAAUCCCCAAACCCGCCAUCCUGCCAUCUGUGGUGAGCUACUUAGAAGUGCCUUUACUAAACACUGCUAAGAUUUCCAUUGCAGGAACUUGAGUAUAGGCUCGAACCACCCACUUUUCCCUAAGGCUCUGUGGCUGGGAAUGUGGGAUGAGAGGUUUACCGAUUAUCGAGGCAAAGAACCAGAUUUGUCUCCUCAACUGUUUUCCAGCUAUCUAAAGGCAUCUUUAGAUUUGAAUCUUUAGAUUCAAGUCUGUCUCCUCAAAUGCCCUCUCACCUGAUAAAAGGGGGUUUUCACUGUGACAUCGCCGACUCCAGUGUGCUGCUGUGCAAGGCCCAGGGUGGUGCUCGGGUCUGUGAUGGCUUUUGUGCCUAUCAUUUUUGACCCAGAGGUUAGGUGUAGAUCCAUUACUGGAAAAGCUGAUGAGGAACAGCAGCUUCUCAAGAUUUUCGCCCAUCGGGCAGUUGCUGUGCUGGACUAAUCACUCAGUCUUAAGGCAGUGUCAGAAAGUGAAUACAGAUCAUUAGGAAUUGGUAAAUGCAAAUACCCUUGUGAAGAUGCCUUCACCAGCCUUCGUAUUCGGGAUCAUUCGGACUGUUUUCUUAGAUUAGGAGCAGUUGGCCUAUCUGGUCUGGGGAUUAGGUUUUUUUAAUUGGUUUAGGAUUAGCCUUCGCUGCCUUGGUUGGUCAGAAUUGUGUGUGUGUGUGUGUGUGUGUGUGUGUGUGUGUGUGUGUGUGUGUGUGUAGAUUGUUUUUAGGUGAAGAAGUAAGUUGUGCAUUUGGGUGGUGUGGGUAGUGAACAGAUUAGUCGAAGGAGACUUUGCAGAAAACACAAACCCAAGAGGAGGUCAAAAGAGAACCGCCUUUCUAGCUGAAGCUUCUCAAGACAGGCACAAAGGUGUGGUCCAGAGCCUGCCCCGCCCCAUAUCUGGGCGGAAGCUGAGGUUUGCCGGAAGUUGUGGAGCGGCAGCCUAUGCGGCGGCGCGGUGAGAUCGAAAUGGCGACCGAGGGAGAUGUGGAGCUGGAGUUAGAGACCGAGACCAGCGGCCCCGAGCGGCCUCCCGAGAAGCCACGGAAGCAUGACAGUGGUGCUGCUGACCUGGAGCGGGUCACUGACUAUGCGGAGGAGAAGGAGAUCCAGAGUUCGAAUCUGGAGACGGGAGAAGGAACUGGCGAAGGUCACGAUCAAGAAGGAAGAUCUGGAGUUGAUAGUGAGUAG